UCAUAAAAAGCAAUUAUAAAAUAAACAACUCACUGUAAUGUGAUGACUAUUGCAGAUAUAUGAAACCAUAGCUCUUCACAUUAAACAGAUAGCGUAAGCGGACUUAAAAUUUAAAUACCUAAAUGUAUUCCUGUCGGAAUAAUACAUUAUGCACUGGAUAAAAUGAUUACCAAGUCAAUGAGAUUUACCUAGAAAGACAAAAAGAUCAGGUAGCGGUUCUGCGGAACUGAGAGUAAAGUAUGAUUUAGUUUGUGAAGAGACGCAGUGAGAUCAACUUCAUUCACACAGCAUUGAGAUACCAUGCAACGCAUCAACGCAACGCCGUUUUUAAAACUACUAUCAUACAGCAAGAUGUGCCUGUCACGAAAUGCUUGUAUAACACCUUUGUCGAUUGAUGAUAUGCCACGUCCAAAAUCGUUACCUAUCAUAGGGACAAAAUUAGAAUUCAUCGCUGCAGGUAGCGGAACCAAGUUACACGAAUAUGCAGAUCGACGUCAUAAGCAGUUAGGUCCUUUGUACUGUGAAAAGUUAGGCGGUAACACUGAUCUGGUAUUCGUAAGUGAUCCUAUGCUAAUUAGGUCAUUAUUUAUUAACCUUGAAGGGAAGUAUCCAGUUCAUAUUUUACCUGAACCCUGGGUACUAUAUGAAAAAAUAUAUGGGUCAAAAAGAGGCUUAUUUUUUAUGAAUGGGGAAGAGUGGUUAAAUAAUCGUAGAGUAAUGAACAAGUUUUUACUUAAAGAAAACUCCGAAAAUUGGUUCGAAAUCCCCGUUAAAAAAACUGUUAACAAUCUGAUACAAAGAUGGAAAAUUGAAACUGAAAAAGGACAAUUUAUACCUGAUUUGGAGACGGAGUUUUAUAAGUUUUCUAUAGAUGUUAUAAUAGCAGUGAUGCUAGGCAGUUCUUCAUCUCUUCAGCGAGAUAGACAUUAUGAGGCUCUGUUAGAUAUGUUUUCGGAAACAGUCAAGAAGAUUUUUCAAACAACAACAAAAUUAUAUGGAUUGCCCGUUGAUAUCUGCCAAAAACUAAACUUAAAAGUAUGGAGAGAAUUCAAGGAAUCGGUUGACGGAUCUCUAUCACUAGCUCAUAAAAUUGUCGGGGAAAUAUUGAUGAAUAGCAAGAAUGGCGAUGGACUGAUAAAUCUUCUCGUGAAUGAAAAUGUGAAACCCGAUGACAUUAAAAGAAUAAUCGGAGAUUUCGUAAUUGCCGCCGGAGACACAACGUCUUACACAUCUAUAUGGACACUAUUUUUACUUUCAAAGAAUGAAAAAGCGCGAGAAGAAUUGUACCAAAGAGACUCCUACAUAAAUCAUGUCAUUAAGGAGUCGAUGAGAUUAUAUCCUGUUGCACCAUUUUUAACCAGAAUUUUGCCCAAAGAGACCAUUUUUGGAAAUUAUAAACUAAGCAAAGGCACUCCCAUCAUAGCCUCAAUUUAUACAUCAGGCAGAGAUGAACAAAACUUUAGUAGAGCUAAUGAAUAUCUGCCUUAUCGCUGGGACCGUAAUGAUGCUAGGAAGAAUGAACUAGUGAACCAUGUGACUUCUGCUUCACUACCAUUCGCGCUUGGCGCCAGAUCUUGCAUUGGGAAGAAGUUAGCAAUGCUACAGAUGACAGAACUAAUCAGUCAGAUUGUCCAAAACUUUGAAUUUGAGUGUUUAAACAAAGAUGAGGUAACAGCAAAUACUUCACAAGUUCUUGUACCAAGCAGAGACAUACAGUUGUCCUUUACAUUACGUCAAACAGAAAAAAGGCAGUUUGAUAAAGUCACUGUUUAAUACAUGCAGAAUAUAAUAAUGACAAAAUUAUGUUCCUCCACUUUUGUUACAUGUGCUAUGAAAAAUAUUUAACAAUGCAUUAAAGUUAAGUUUAAAAAGUAUAUUUACAAUAUAUUUGUAGCUCAGCAA